AUGGUGUGGGAUGAUGAUGUCUUUGUGCAAAUUGGGAAAAGUGAUGGUGGUACUGCCUAUUUUCCUCUACCGUGGCAUUGUAAAGCAUACAAGAAGCACUACCCUCCGUUUCUUUUUGAUGAAGUCUGGCGGCUGGAAAAAAUUGGAAAGGAUGGAGCUUUUCACAAAUGCCUGAGCCAGGAAAGAAUCCUUGGGACUGGUAUGUCUACUAAAAUGUGGGAAGUUAUAUUGAGCUUGCUCAGGACAAGUAACGAAGGCCAGUAUAUUCCCAGUGAUAAGCUGUCUGAAACAAAGAAGGCUGAUGCCCAUAACUUGGUAAUAUCUGCAUAUAGAGAUCGGGAGAAAGUCGUCACUUUUGACGAUGAGGCUUCUCUUAUGGAUCUUGUCCCACGCUUAUCCAUUGAACAAUCUUCUUCAUACCUACAACUGGAAGGGAGUUCUAAUGGCAAUAAGGUUUUAAGUUCUCAAAACUUCAACAAUUUUUCCUAUUUGCAGCAGAACGUGUCUUUGCCUCAUAUUAUGCAAUCUAAGUAUUCUAUUAGAGGCUUGAGUAACCAGGACGGAUACUUUCAUACCUGGACGAAUACUUUCAUAGUGUCGACCCUGUGA